AUGUGUCGGAAACAGAAGGAGGGAGACGGAACAUUCAAGCUCGGGAGUCAAUCGCUGUUCCGCGUGAAUAAAAAGAUGGAGGAGGACGGAAUAAUAAACUCCCGCAACACUAACCAAUCUGAUCUGUCCGCGAGAAAUCUAAAUUUUAAUUUUCCCCAAACAUGCUCCCAAUCAACUCAGCAAAACUCCGGCAUCCAACUGAUCCACCCUCAACCGGGAUUCAGUGAACCAUUCGGGAUGUUUUGUGACCAGGAGUACGAGGGCGGAGGCUGGAUCGUGAUUCAGAAUCGUUUCAAUGGAUCGGUCCAUUUCUAUCGUGAUUGGAACGAUUACGAGCGUGGAUUCGGCAACCUGAACGGUGAAUUUUGGUUAGGUUUGAGCAAGAUCCACGAGCUGACCUAUUCGAGACGGUACGAGUUGCUCGUGCUUUUGGAGGAUUGGGAAGGGGUUCAAGCGGUGGCACGGUACAGUGACUUUCUGGUGGCAGGACCUAAGGAAAAAUACAUGCUUAGAAGCUUGGGCAACUAUAGUGGCAGUGCUGGGGAUUCACUCAUGGAGUAUCACCUGGGUAUGAAAUUCUCUACAUUCGAUAACAAUAACGAUCUUUCUCCGGAUGGCAAUUGUGCCAUUGGUUGGUAUGGUGCAUGGUGGUACAGGCUGUGUCAUCGCAGCAACUUGAACGGAAAGUACAUGCAAGGCUUCGAUCGUGCAGGAAUGGAUUGGAGAACUUUUAGACCUAACGGAUAUAGUCUGAGGAAGUCUAGAAUGAUGAUCCGUGCAGUAGAUUGAAUUGUGUUAAAAAUAUUUGUAAUAUAAUAUGUUUAAUUG